AUGUCACUCCCACCCCGCAGUGAACUUCUCAUUGAAUGCAGAGCAGUGAGAGGUAGUGAAAAGCAGAGUAUUUCAGCUACAGUAUAUCGCUAUUGGGAGCAAUUAAUUCAGCUGAGAUGGGUACCUUGGGUUCAUUUAAUAUUUUCUUGCUUUUUGCGUUCGCUCAGCAGAACGUCUUUGUAGCCGCCAGCGAUGUGCUCGAGCUCGGGGAUUCUGAUUUCGAUUCACUAGCAGAGUACGAGACUGUGCUGGUGGAGUUCUUCGCCCCUUGGUGUGGUCACUGCCAGCAACUAGCCCCAGAAUAUGAAACUGCAGCAACAAAACUAAAAGGGAAAGUGUCUUUAGCUAAAGUAGACUGCACGGUGAACUCUGAGACGUGCGGACGUUUUGGGGUCAAUGGGUACCCCACGCUCAAAAUCUUCCGCAAUGGAGAGGACUCUGCUGCUUAUGAUGGAACCAGGAGUGCAGAUGGCAUUGUGAGCUACAUGACGAAACAGGCAGGUCCCAGUUCCGUUCCUCUGCACAAUGAGGGAGACCUGGAUGCAUUCAUCAACAAUUUUGAAGCCAGUGUGGUUGGUUUUUUCUCAGGUGCUGACAGCUCUCAGCUGGCUGAGUUUCUGAAGGCGUCUAGUGCCAUGAGAGACAGCCACCGCUUUGCCCAUACUGCAGACCUGAGCCUGGGCCGCAAACAUGGCGUGGAAUCAGACACGGUGGUGCUCUUCCGGCCCCCACGACUCAACAGCAAGUUUGAGGACAGCGUGGUGAAGUCUGAUGAGGCUGUAUCGACCGCCUCUCUCCGUCAAUUCAUCAGAGGUAAUGUGUUUGGGCUGUGCCCCCAUCUGACUGCUGAGAACAGAGACAACAUGAGGGGACGUGACUUGCUGGUGGCCUACUACGACGUGGAUUACCUCCGCAACAUCAAGGGCACCAACUACUGGAGGAACAGGGUGAUGAAAGUGGCCACUCAGUUCCAGUCUCAGGGGCUGAGCUAUGCUGUGGCCAACAGGGCUGAGUUCCAGGAUGAGCUGGAGGAGGAGUUUGGCCUAGGGCCGUCUGACGGGGGAGAGCUGCCUCUCAUCACCAUCAGGAACAGGGAUGGCCACAAGUACAGCAUGCAGGAGGAGUUCACACGGGACGGGAAAUCCCUGGAGAGGUUCUUGGAGGACUACUUUGCUGGUAAACUGAAGAGGCAGGUCAAGUCAGAGGCUGCCCCCGAAAACAACGACGGCCCAGUCAAGGUGGUGGUGGCGGACAACUUUGAGGAGAUAGUGAACAACCCUUCCAAGGACGUGCUGGUGGAGUUUUAUGCACCCUGGUGUGGCCACUGCAAAAGCCUGGAGCCCAAAUACACAGAGCUUGGGGAACAGCUGUCCACUGACAACAACAUUGUUAUAGCAAAGAUGGAUGCCACUGCUAAUGACGUUCCUCCAACCUACGAUGUCCAGGGUUUCCCCACUAUUUUCUUCGUCCCAGCAGGACAGAAGGACCAACCUCGGAAAUACGAGGGUGGCCGUGAGGUGAAUGAUUUCCUCAACUAUCUGAAGGAGGCGGCCACACAUCCCCUUGUCCUGGGCACUGCCAGAGAAGACUUAUGAGAGUGCAAUGAAGAGAAAGAAAGAAAAAAACACAAGGGUGGACUGGCAAAGAAGCAGAAGACAUGAACUAUAAGGAAAAAAGGAGCCACCCAUUGCAACACACAGUUUCAGACCAUAAGAUCUCCUUUGGUUUUCUGUGCCACACCAGCAACACUGAAUACUCAUAACAGAGGACUUCUAAAUUAAACAAUCAGCAGUUUUUUUCAUGGAGCUUCAAAAGAGUAAUGUUCUCAAUGUGAGAGGAUGGAACAUCUGCAAGCACAGUAAUAGGCAGCACGUGCAGAUUGGCUUUGCAGUUAAACUGGUGACUUGGUGGUUGCUAGUAAUAUUCCCAAGAUAGGCAUACUAGUGUAGCGUCCUUGACUCUGAGUAAGGAAAAAUUAUGUGCAACAGUUUUUGCAAAGAUGCUUAUGGGUACAAAGACAAAAGUGUCUGCUAAGCAAUUAGAUAAAAAUGGAAUCAAAUAUCUGAUACAGGGGCCUCCUCGAUCCCGGGCUGUAUCACAACCAGCUGUGAUCGGGAGUCCCAUUGGCCCAGCGUCGCCCAGGUUAGGGCAGGGUUUGGCCAGGAGGGCUUUACUUGGCUCAUCGCAGCGACUCCUAGUGGCGGGCCGGGCGCCUGCAGGCUGACCUUGGUCAUCA